AUGACCCCGCAGCUAAACAAUGAAGAAGGGACCAUAUUAAUUGCUCCGCAAAAGGCUGCUGGACAACCAAGGGGUUCAAUGAUAUCUGCGUCUUUUAAUUUUAUCAAUUCCAUUAUAGGAUCUGGAAUAAUAGGUUUACCAUAUGCAUUGAACCAGGCAGGGCUCCCCUUUGGCCUGCUGCUGCUGGUAGUUGUUGCGCUUAUCACAGACUACUCAAUCAUCUUACUAAUUAAAGGAGGCAACCUGUCGGGGACAAACAGUUAUCAGUCACUGGUGCAAAGAACAUUUGGUUUCCCUGGAUUUCUGAUUUUAUCUGGACUGCAGUUCUUUUAUCCUUUUAUUGCAAUGGUUAGCUACAACAUCACCACUGGUGACACACUGACCAAAGUAUUUCAGAGAAUACCAGGAGUUGGUCCAGAUCACAUACUUGCAGAGCGUCACUUUGUGAUCUUGAUAUCAACCCUUGCAUUCACACUGCCUCUCUCACUUUAUCGAAACAUAGAAAAACUUGGCAAGGUGUCCUUAAUGUCAAUGGUGCUGACAUGUAUCAUCCUCAUCAUUGUAAUCAUCCAAGCAGCUACCUUUGGACCCCAAAUUCCCCCUACAGAGAAUUCAUGGGCAUUUGCAAAGUGGAAUGCAAUUCAGGCAGUUGGUGUGAUGUCUUUUGCGUUUAUAUGCCACCACAACAGCUUUCUUAUCUAUGGUUCUCUGGAGCAGCCCACGCUAGCUAACUGGACCCGGAUCACCCACGUGUCUGUCGGCUCAGCGCUAAUAAUCAGUGCUGCAUUUGCUGUGGCUGGCUAUACCACCUUCACUGGCUACACACAAGGAGACAUAUUUGAGAACUACUGCAGAAAUGAUAACCUGGCAACAUUUGGUCGCUUCUGUUUUGGCGUCAGCAUAAUAACCACAUUUCCACUGGAGUGUUUUGUUACACGAGAGGUGUUAUCCAACGUCAUUUGCAGUAGGGAUCUUUCAAAAGUUGAAUAUGUGGCAAUAACGUUUCUCAUAGUUGGAGCUUGCGCAUCAAUAUCUUUGGCCUAUGACUGUCUUGGAGUUGUUUUAGAGCUGAAUGGUGUUCUGAGCGCCACACCUCUGAUCUUCAUCAUUCCAUCUGCGUGCUUCCUCAAACUCUCCCCCGGCCGCUGGUUCCAGGGUGAAAACUUGUUACCCACUAUCUUGAUAUUAAUUGGCUUCUUUGUCAUGAUCACCGGUUUGACGAUGACGGUCCUCUACCCUCAAGACUGUUCCCACGGCGUGGAGAUGUUCUACUGUGCAGACGCCAAUGUUUCUGGCACUGUACCACCUGUAUGAAAUCCACCAAAUAUUGAAUUCACUUCUUUUUUUUUAAACACAUGGCAAACAGAUAUGUAACUUUAUGAUCUGGUGCUCUUUUUUAUGGUUUGGGCUAUAGUCUCCUUAGUUCCACUCAAGAGAAAUCUUAAUGUUAUACGAUGCAAUGAUAUUUUUGAAAACACCAUGCAAUAUUACUUUAUUUGCUUAUAUUGUAUUAUAGCAGCAUAUCAUGGUUUUGAAUUGAAAUAUUAAACAGUCACAUACAGGCAUAAUGUUGAGGUGUUCACAUACUUUUGGCUAUAUAUUUUACGUGUUUUGUUUUCCCCUUUGGAAUUAAUAGUCUGUGUUUUUCAUAAUUAUUUGUAUUAUUAUUUGGAAGUGGUCGGUUCCAUAUCCAGCCACACGAUGUCACUAUAGACAAAGAAAACACAUUUAUUAAAAGGAAGUU